UUCUCGUAUGAGCUAGGAAAAAUGGCUGCUCCCAGGAACAUCAUGGAACAGAUUUCAGUUGCUCUCUCCGAUACUUUACCAGACUGUGUCAUCUUCGAGACGCUGAGGAAGCUGACAACUGCUUUACGCGACCAAGGAACGAGGGAUAGCAUGGAUGAAGCAACGUUCUCAAGUCUGCUGAAGAUCUUGACCCGACUCAGAGAUAAUCUACAAGCUGCUGACACCCAGGACCAGAACCCUGAUCCUCUCACCCUGCAGUUGACUGCUGAGUGUUUCCGGGCUCAGAGGAACGCCUGUGUAUUUAGUGAACGCAACCAAAACUUGUUCAGGAAUUUAGGGUUUAUCACUGUUUCAAUUGAAAUCCUGCGGUUACUUCUGUCUGUUCUACAGAAAAGCAGUGACGGCCUUCUUGAAUCUCUGCGCUGUGGUGUCCAGUUCCUUGCUAAUGUAGCAAUGGGCAACCAGGAGUGUAAAGAUGGAAUUUGGCAAGAAAACUUUUCAGAUCUUCUCAGGAAACUGCUUGCUGUCGACGACGAAAAAACACUGGACUACUCCUCCAGUGUUUUCCACACGUGUCUGGAUGAGAGAAAAGUAGAGCAACUAUCUGACCCUGCCAACCUCCCGCUGGCUCUCAGGGUGAUAGAGCUUUGUAUGACCAAACCUGGGCUUGACUGGACUGUUCUGAUCGCUACCCAGCACUUCAUGAAGUCCUCAGCCCUGGUGGAGGCCAUGUACUCACAGAUGUCUCACUGUGAAAGGGUGACUCUCCUGGACCUCCUUCAUGCAGAGCUGAGCAAGGACGAGUCCCAGGAGACCAGUGUUCAUCCCAGUGUGGCUCAGUUCGUGGCCACUUUGUUCCAGAGAGGGUGUGGUUCCGUGCUGACCCUUGCCACCAGCGAAGACACCAGUGAAGAGGAGGCGCUGAUGGUCAUCACUCUUCUGGAUCUGAUAUGUGAAAUGACCUCUGACCGUAAGCAGUUCAUGUUUCUUCAGGACCAUCCCGACCUUCUGGUGUCCACAGUGGAGCUACUGAAGCAGGUUCAGACUUUGGGCAAAUCCGGUAAGAACAUCUUCAGUGCUGCCCAGGACUUCUCCUCACUGAGUGGUGGAGGAGAGUCCGUUUCCUCUCCGGUUUUCGGCUUCAAGGCUCACCUCAUCCGGCUGAUAGGAAACCUGUGCUACAACCACACCAACAACCAGAACAAGGUGAGGGAGCUGGACGGUCUUCCCCUGAUUCUGGACAACUGCAUCAUCGACAGCAACAACCACUUCAUCAGGCAGUGGUCCAUCUUCGCCAUCAGGAACCUGCUGGAACACAACCAGCAGAACCAGGAGUUGGUCUCCUCCCUGGAGCAGCUGGGAAAAGCGGACUACUCCGCACUGCAGAACAUGGGCUUCCAGGUGAUCGAGCGUGACGGGAAAGUGCUGCUGAAAACCACUCGGAAAGAUGAGUGACAGGGAACAAUGGGCCUCUAGAAGUUGUGCUUCCUCGUGCCAUGUAUUAGCAUGGUCAGUGUUACUCACCUGGACGCUCAGGGUUGACUCAGUCCUCACAUACACACUUUCUUUUUGUUGUCCUCUGCUCCUACAACUGAUCUAAAAAUGCUGAUGCAUGAUUUGGUUCUGAAGUUGACGGAGGGUUACAUGUCAUUUAUCUUAUCGGUCUCUGCAGACAAAUCAAGGCAACUGUAUGAGUUGUAUUUAUCAGGACGAGAAUUCUCAUUCUUUCUAUUCCUUUACAUCGCUUUCGUUUUUGACUACAUGGAUAUGUUAUGUGUAUUCAUCUAUGCACCCCAUGACAUGAUCAUGAUUCCAUGCAGCGUGUGAAUGUGCUGCCUGAUAACUUAGUCUUAAUUCAGUGUCGUCCGGAGUCCGUCAAGGUUCUGAGCUCAGGCUCCCCCUGGUGGUGGUGGAUGUUCCCUGAAAAAUCUUCGUAUUCAUUUGGAUGGCAGUCAUGCAACAGUUCCUAAAAGGGCUUGCAGUGUAUCAAAGAAUAGCAUGUGCGAUAACACAUUUGCAUUAUUUACAUCAGAAUAAUCAAAUUUUGAGUGUUAUUCGACAUCAAUCUGUGGCAGUUUUCGUCUAUGCCUUGCUAACAUGUCAGGUUAAUAUCUGCAGUUUAAAACCAGCUUUUGUACACAGUGGGUGUCAGCAUUGUCGGCAUAGUCUUUUAUUUAUAACAGGCCACAUGAGCAAAGUGUGUAUUACAUUUAUUAACCAACACAGAUUGACAAAUAAUCAUGACCCCAAAAUAUCAGUGCGCUUGGUUUUUAUAUUUCUUAUUCCUUUUCCCCGAGUUCUCCCCCUCUGACCUGUAAAAGUAGUGAAUCUUGUUUAACUUAUUAUUAUUGUUCUGAGUCUUAUAUUAUGUAUAAAUAUGGUCACACAGAAAUAAAACUAGCAAUAUUUGUGUGUUUAUGUUGUGUUUUU